AUGGCUAGUGUUUUCGGAUUAUUAUGUGUUUUAAUUUCAAAAAUAUAUCCUGUUAUUGCUUCUUUCAAAGCUUACGAGGAAUAUUCCAUGGCUAAGAAGAAUUUCGAAAGAUCAAACUUAAAUAUUGGAGGGUUUAACGUGCCAAUUAGUAAUUUACUUAAAAAAGCCACGGGUGAUAAGGAUUAUGAUGAAACAAAGAAUGAAGCAUCGAUUUUGGUGUUCAAGAGUAAUCAACUUCAAAAAUGGUUCAUUUAUUGGAUUGUUAACACUGGAAUUGAUUUGUUAAUCAAUGGCUUGUUCUUAAGUUAUAUAUUACCAUUCUAUAGUUUCUUAAGAUUGGGAUUGUCAAUUUGGUUACUAAUGCCCUUUUUCAAGUUUACAUCUAUCAAAGGGUUCAAUGAGUUUGAUGAUUUGAAUCUAUUCUUCCAAUCAGGUUGUGGAUUUGUUUACAGUUAUACUUUAGACAAUUUUGAUUUAGAUUCCAUUUUGCAAAAUUCACCUAUUGAAAAAGUUUAUGAAAAUAUCACAAUUAUUUUGAAUAUGUUGAUUAAUGUGAUUCAGAACUUGCCAAUAUUAAUACCCUUCAAGAACAAGGACGACACACAAACAUCCAUGAAGAGCUGGGCAAGUACAUUUGGAUAUUUCAAAGAAUCUGAACCAAAAUCAACUGUAGAGGAUGAAUAUGAUGUUAUAGAUUCUCCUUCAAAAACAGAAUCAACAGGUAUUGACUGUGAAAAGCCCAUGGCUACGAAGAGAGGGUGGAUUUGGUAG